CCAGCCAGUAGUUGAUCGGUGGCGGUUCAACGUCUUAGUAGAGUAUUGUUGUCGGCGCUGUGCGGUCACGCUUGUCCCUCUGUCUCUCGUUGCUACUGCGUUUACCUACCUACAACACAUUAGGUUCAGUGUGUAUAUAGAACAGAUUGAAGUUACGCGCGCGCGAGAAGGUAGUCCCUUCGCGUGGAGAGGUUUCUCUAAUCAGGUUCCAGUUCCGUUCCGUGUCGGGUUCGAUCUGUUGUUGUUGUCGUUGGAGAAUCGCGUGCAGUUCUAAUUAGCUGCGAAAACUCUGUACUCUACAAAUACUCGGCCACAGGCACACGCUGCUGCUGUUGCUACUACGAUACGUGCGUGCAGUGCAUAAGUGAAUUUUUGUAAUAUUGCAAGUGCAGACUGAAAAGUUCACAUUAGUGCGCGGCAAAGCAAACAUAAAGGCAGCCGAAUAGUUUUCCACGCUACCCUCUCUGCCCGUUAGAGUCGCGGUGUGAUAGCUAGAAGAGUGAUUGUGUAACCAGAGCUGUGUGUUUACGAAGCUGCGCUCUACUCGAAUUCGGUGCUCAGUAGUUCGUCCCAUUGAAAGCAAAAGUAUACCUAACUCUUCGUUCGGAUUACUACUGAUAAGCUGGACUGCUGUCCCGAAGAAAGAAGAAUACACUGCCGGCGAUUGUGAAGGAGUUGUUUCGAUAUUUGUUUCUUAAUUUGCGCGAAUGCAAUCGAUUAUCGGAAAGUGGUGACAUAAUCAAGCGCGGUGUGAAGAAUAAUACAAAGUGCUACGGAAAUAGUGUUCUAUUGUGUACUUGAAAGUGGUCAGCGGGCGCCAUGGCUGAAGCCCAUUCAGCUGUUGCAUUCUCGUUUUCCAUCACUCACGAAGGAUGGCAUCUGAACUACGACAGGGAAGUGCUACAUCUGGUGUGGCAGUCCGGUAUCAGAUCCUGGAAGAAGCGGUUGGCGCAGUUUAGGAGUGGCGUUCGCAACGGCGUAUAUCCUGCACAUCUUCAGAGCCUCUGGCUGGUGAUAGCCGUCGCCAUAGCACUACAUUUCACACAGAGGCACGUUCCAUUCAAUUUAGUUAGUAAAUUCUUAGGAUUAUUACCCGGUGAUACGGUAGGCUACCAACUGGCGGCAUGUGGUCUGGCAGGUCUCUUCUUCUGGCUGUGCAUAUGUUACACAAUGCGAUACUCGCUCAAACUGCUACUCAUGUACAAAGGAUGGAUGUACGAAAAGCGUGCCCCGGGCAGUAAGGUUUCCCUGCCGACACGAUUAUGGGCACUCUUUGUCAAAGUAUUAGCCACGUGGAACAAACCUGGCCUGUACAGUUUCCAGGGAUCUCUGCCACGAUUGCCGCUACCCAGCGUACAGGAGACUAUGUCCAGGUAUCUGCGAUCGGUAAGGCCACUGUUGAAUGAUUCUAACUACACUCGCAUGGAAUCGCUAGCUAAGGAGUUCGAGAGCACGAUUGCUCCCAAGCUGCAAAGAUAUCUGAUGCUGAAGAGCUGGUGGUCUACCAACUACGUGUCCGAUUGGUGGGAGGAAUACGUAUACCUGCGCGGUCGAGGUGCUCUGAUGGUGAACAGCAACUUCUACGGUAUCGAUGCCAUCUUCACGCAACCCACCACGGUUCAGAGUGCUCGCGCAGCCAGCGUAAUCAAUAUGUUGCUUCAGUUCCGAAGGAUCGUCGAACGGCAGGAGUUGGAACCGAUUCUGGUGCAGGGAUUGGUUCCCCUGUGCUCGUGGCAGUAUGAACGCAUCUUCAACACGGUACGCGUUCCAGGUGUUGAGACUGAUAAGAUCGUACACUACCAGGAUUCCAAUCACAUUGUGGUGCUGCACCGUGGCUGCUACUACAAGGUGGUCAUCUACCAUAACGGUCGCAUUCUGCGGCCUUGCGAGUUGCAGAUUCAGAUCGAAGAGAUCCUGAACAGCAGUGAUAAACCGCAGCCCGGAGAGGAGCUGGUGGCAGCGCUGACGGCCGGGGAUCGGACCAAGUGGGCCAAAAUCCGGGAAUCGGUGUUUGCCAAGGGUGUGAACAAGACGUCACUGCAUCUGAUCGAAAGCGCUGCGUUUGUGCUUUCGCUGGAUGAGCAUCCGUUCGAGUUCGAUAUGGCACAUCCGGAGAAGUUGGAUCAGUUUGGACGGUAUUUGCUGCACGGCAAUGGACACGACAGAUGGUUCGACAAGAGCUUUACGGUCUGCGUUGGAUCCAAUGGCAGAAUUGGAUUCAACUCGGAGCACACGUGGGCUGACGCGCCUGUGAUGGCACACGUUUGGGAGAACAUUGUUGCGGAAGAGCAGAUUCAGAAACGAUACGAUGAAAAUGGAAACACCCUCGGUAUUCCAGAGUUUGAACCACCAAAACCGAAACGCAUGGCUUUCAAUCUCGACUAUCCGGAAGCGCUGGACGCUAUCCAAGAGGCUCACGUCGCCUCACAACAGCUACUCAAUGAUGUGGACCUGCGCAUCUUUGUGCACGAUGCCUACGGCAAGGGAUUGAUGAAGAAGUGUCGUCUAUCGCCGGAUGCUUACCUCCAGAUGGCCCUGCAGUUGGCCUACUACCGGGACGCCGGAAAGUUCUCGCUCACCUAUGAGGCCUCGAUGACCCGUCUGUUCCGCGAAGGUCGUACCGAAACCGUCCGUCCCUGUACGAUCGAGUCGGCGGCGUGGGUGAAGGCGAUGGAAGAUCCCUCCAUUGGGGUGGAGGAACGGGUCAAACUGCUGAACAAGGCCUGCGAUCGUCACCAGCUGGGCUACCAGGAUGCCAUGUGCGGCAAGGGAAUCGAUCGGCACCUGUUCUGUCUGUACGUUGUGUCCAAGUAUCUCGAGCUGGAUUCGCCCUUCCUGAAGGAGGUGCUCAGCGAACCCUGGCGGUUGUCCACUAGUCAAACCCCGCACGGCCAAACCGCCAAAAUGGACCUGAAGAAGCAUCCGAACUGUAUCAGCGCUGGUGGCGGCUUUGGACCCGUUGCCGACGAUGGUUACGGUGUGUCGUAUAUCGUGGCCGGCGAGGAUUUGAUCUUCUUCCACAUUUCGUCGAAGAAGAGCUGCGGAACGACGAACUCGGAACGAUUCGCCCAGCAGAUCGCCAGGGCAUUGGCCGACAUCAAGCACCUGUUCGAGCAAUACAAAACGCAACAGCAAAAACAGAAGAGCGUCACCAACGGUACGGCGGCAAACUAAACAAGUUCGUAAUAGUUUGACAACAUGCUGGCUGCUGGAGCUGCGGCUGUGCGUAGUCUGCAGCGCAGCAGUGUCAGUGGAAGCGGCUGAUCAACGCCGCCGCUUCCGAACAACCACCAGAACUGAUUAACAAACGAACAUAUCCACCGUUUUUUAAUGUUUGUGGAACGCGCGCAUAGCAGCCCGAACCCACCGUGGCUGCUAUCACCUUGUUUUGUUAUUACUGCUACUUUUUUAGGUUAUGUACUCUGUGUAAAUUGAUAUGUUUAUUAGGAAAAAAGUUUUCUUUUAAACCAACACCAUUUUAUGUUUCGUAGGAGAAAGUAGGAUGCGUUGAUAUUAAAAUGAAACCUGUUUUGUUGAGAGUUUUAUAGAAUUACAUGAACGGAAACUGAACAACACUCGAUGAAUAAAAAUUGAUCUUUGAUACAACUAUA